UAAUAAUAAACCUAUGGCCAGUGUGCCUCUUGCGUGUUCAUCUUUUGUUGAGUUGACGAAAAAACUGGCCAGGAGUAAGGACAGAAGGACAGGAAACGUUGGACAGUACUUUUUUCAUAGUCUUUGGUCUUGAGCAUGCUUAAAACUGAUGAAACAGGGACACAUAAAUAAUUGACGAAUGCGUGUAGAAAUGAGUACAUGCCCCCAUCGAGCAGAGUUGCUGGCAGAGUACAAAAUGUCAAAGAAAACAAAGCCCAAUUGUGUUGUUUCCAGUACUCCGAUGACAAGUAAGCAGCUGCAACACAACUUAGACAUUGUGCCUUUUAAGGACCCCGUCAUUUCACCCAUUCCUCUGGUGAAGCUCAGUGUCUCAACUAAAGCUCAGAAGAAGUGUUACGGCGGAAUUCAGGUGGCAAAUGACGAUGAGGAUCUGCACUCUUCCUCUGGUGAAGAUUUGCUUGACAUAGUCAAAAAGAGAGCAAAUAAAGAAAAAGGAGAGCAGGGAGGAAUAGAAACUGAAAAGCAAGAGAGCAAAGAGAAAGCAUCAAAAGAAUCGAAAAUGAAUAAGCAAGAAGGGAAACAACAAAAUGAAGGGAAAUUAAAACAAGCAGAGAAGGAAUCAGAUGCCUCAACAAAAAUGAGUAAUGACGUUGAUAAACGCCCCGUGAUUUCCGAAGACAAGGAUUCCUCUUCCGAUGGGGAAUUUUUCAAUAUUGACCCUAAGCAAAGGAAGCCACAGGAAGAAGAAAGGGCAGAUCAGGAGUCAAGCUUUUUCACAAAUGAAGGCACAACUGUUGCCAAUCAGCGAAAAGGGAAAGAUGAUACUGAUUUAUCAUCUGAUGAUGACUUACUUGAACUUGAUAUCCUCAGAGAGAAAUUAUUAACAACAAAGAAAUCUAAGAGGUCAACUGGUUUAGAAAUCAACCAAAACCAACCUACUUCAGGUAAACAUGAAUCUGCAACCACUGAGAGUUCUGAAAAGACUAAGUCUCCUAUCCAGAUCUCUAAACCAAGCAAGCCUGCCUCAAACGUUAUUGCCAGUGCAUUCUCUAGCCAAUUUACAGCAAAAGUUGAUAGAGUUUUGAUGGCUCCAAAAGUUGUCGCCCUGGAAGAAAUAGAAGAGGAAGCAGUCGAGACUUUUGUGUCUGAAACAAAAGUCUGGGGUAAGUGCCCUGGACCAUUGACUGCAAAACCUGCAGGAGGCACAAGCCAGAAAGAAGUUACAGUGAAAUCCAAGGCUUCAAGUACUAGUAUUAAAAACAAAGCUCAACAACAACCAACUCGGGAGCCUGUCGUAACACAGACAGAGGACGUAGAAAAAGAUGCAAAAUUGAAGAAAACGGAGAGCAAACUGCAGGUAGUAGUUGAAGAAGAAAGUGUGCCUGACCUUGAUCAUUCAACAAAUGAUAAGGGAUGCGAACCAAGUAAACCACUGUCCAAACACUCAAUGAAGCGGAAAUUUUUUGAAAACAAAAAAAUGAAUGACACCAAUAUGCAAGAUGGCCCUAUCAGGGUUAAAUACCCUCCUGCCAAGAAAAGGAAAAGUCUGCCAAUAUUAGAUAGCGCAACGAGUGUAAAUUCAGGAACCAUAAAGACGGAAGAAAUAGAUCAAGAUCAAAUAGACAUUCGGAGAUCGUCUCGCUCUAAACCUGGCCCAAUUCGAUUUUGGGAGCAGCGUUUGAACUACCAUUAUGAAAAUGGCCUAUGCACUUUGGAUACUGAGGCACCUGUUAAAACUGACCCUAUCAUAGAGGCUAUUAAAGAAAGUCGGAAAGAAGGUGAACCUCAAAAUAAGAAGCAAAAUACUGCCUACAAUCCGAAAUCAAAGCUGCUUGAAAAAUCUGGAACUAACUUGGAGGAAAGCAGAAAGUCUCAAAAGAAAGAGGAACGACAAAGCAAGAAGCAGAAUCUCACUACCAGCAGGCGCAAAUCAAAGUUGCCUACUCUGCAAAAACCUGUAGACAAGAAAGAAAAACCUGAAAAUGAGCAGACUGAAGAUAUGGCCAAUUUUCAGGAACAGUGCCCAGCAGCUCCACCAGGAAAGCCGUCUCAAAGAACAACAGGCCCUCGCCAAAUACCCAAGAAUAUCAAAGUAAAAUUAAAGCUUCGACCUAGUUCUGCUCACUCUCAGGAGGCUGUACCCAAAACUGAAGGUUCUGAAAAUUGGAAGAAACAAUUUAAUGAAAUGUCAACUGAACUUUUCACAAAUAAUCCUGAUGCUGUUUGUGAGGGUAUUGUGAAGCUGAAGCCUGGAAUGAAUAGGAAAUUAAUCAGUUGUCACCAAGUGUUUUACAGCACAUUAAAAGGCAGUUCAAGGAUUACUUUAGAUGGCGUUGCAUGCUACAAGUCGGAGACGUUUGCUAGCCCUGGCCAAAAGGUGGAAAUUUUCAACGCUAGUGAGACUGAAGAGUGCGUUCUGUACUUCAUAGAGACGGACUAAAAGAUAAAAAAUUUCUCAAAUCAUUUGAAUUGAUGCUAAAAGUAAGUUGUAAUCAAUUUAUUUUAAAAUAAAAGCAACAUGCACAAAGGA